AUGGAAAAUGUCCAAUCUUCACUUGCACUAGCGUCACAACUUGUAGAAAGUGGUCAAGUCAAGGAAGCGUAUCUGGCGUAUCUAUCGUUGGCUGAGCAGGCACUCAAAAGCUUGUAUGAUGUGCGGUUUGUUCAUUCUUCCAUUGUAUCCAGGCCAAAGAACUAUCCUGCAUCCUUGUCGACUCUACAUACAUGUUUAUCCCAUAUCGACACCAUCAUUGAAAAGCAUGCAACGGUUCCCAUGGCAGCACCUCGACCCACCACAACAACAACUCCUUUGAUGACCCCAUCAUCCUCCACCCCUAAGACAGCACCUCCACCCUUGCCACCCAAACCAUCGAGGAUACAGAAACCAAGCGUACCACCCAAACCUGUGUCAUUGUCACGACCUGCUUCACCCACCAAAGAAUUGGGUAAAGUGAACCAGCAUCAUCCUUCAUAUGACAACAUCAGUGCUCCGGGUACAGAUACACUUAAAGUGCCCACACCUCGUAUUCACGAUCAUCAUCAUCAACAACAACAUCAGCCAUUACCACCACCAACAUCCUACAACAACACUUUCGAACAAAGGCCACUUAGUGCUCCGCAACAAGCGACGCCGCCAUCCACCGAUACCCACCAAAGUCGGCGACCCCGUUCCGAAUAUCCGAAAGAGAAUGAUGUUGAUGACAACAACAAUGACGACUUGAUUACAGCCAUUGAUGAUGGAACCAUUGAUCCAACACAUCUUGUACCGGCACAAUCCAAUGCAGGCGAUAGUUUGAGCCCCCCAACAUCCACGGCGUUGAAUACGGAUCAUAUCCCCUUUAUCCCAGUGCCACCCCUGUUAUCGACCCAUCGUACAUUGCAGGCAAGGUUGGAUGAAUUGGAGAUGACAUUAAAGGAGUACAAGGGACGUAAACAGCAUCUCCUGUUACAACAAGAACAAGGUGGUGAUUAUGAUACACAAGAACAAGAGAUUGAAUUGGACAGAGUCAUACUACAAUAUACGGGGAUGGCAGCCGAAGUGAAACAAACAUUGAAUCGCGUACGCACAUUAUACAUGACGGCAGCCACCAUCCCGACGGUGUUACAAUUCCCACCUUACAUGAUUGCUUAUCAGGCAACAUUGAUUGAAGCUGCAUUGUUUUACGCUAUCCCGCCACGUGCAUUAUUGGAACAUUCAGCCAAGCAUCCACAUCCACGCAUUGUAGCAUCAACCGACUUUUUCAAUUAUCUCACACGCGUCAUUGAACACAGCAUCCUUUUACCACAAGAAGCUUCCUCACGUGCUCAACAUAUCAACCAUUGGAUUAAGGUGGCUGUCAAGUGCCUGGAACUCAACAAUUACCAGACACUAAAAGCAAUUGUCUCAGCUCUCGGUACACCACCUGUUCAACGCUUACGUCGCACAUGGGCUUACAUUCCCAAGAAGAGCAUGGGCAAAUUGGAUGGAUUGAAUGAGCUCAUGAGUGAGAGUGACAAUUAUGGACAAUAUCGUACGCAUAUGGGGAUGGUGUCUUGCUCUUCCAUUGCCAUGUCAGUCAGCGGUGGUGCCAAGAGCGUGGCUAGUAUUCGAGCCGAGCAUUACAAGAAGCCAACAGUGCCCUUCCUUGGUACAUUUAUCCAUGAUAUGACGUACCUUAUUGCAGCUACACCCAAUACCAAAACCGGGCAAUUGGCCGAUGACCCGCGCGUUCACGAGAUCCUGCAUGCUAUGGAGAUGUUUCAAAAGGGUCCUCGUUACACAAUGACGCCACCUGCAUGGUAUCUAAAGGCUUCACAGAAACACCAUCAUCAUCAUUUACGUACUGGUGCCAUUUCAAGUGCAUUGCAACGAAGUGCAUCGGGUAUCAGUCGUUUCAGUGGUGGCAUGUUUGGACUUUCAGGGAGCAGCGAUGGUGACGAUGACAGUGUACGAGAUAGCCUUCUUGGUGAUGAUGACAACAUGGAUGAGCAGCAGCAAAUGAUCACUCAAUACUUGUUGAUGCGAUCUUGGGUCAAUCAAAACACUGUGGAUGAGCUUAGUAUGUUGCGUGAACCACCUCGUCAGGCCAAUACGAGCAAUGCCAGUGGAGGAGGCACAAGCAUGAGUCGUGGAUAUAGCCAACAUCGUAGUACGACAGGCAGCAAUUACAACAACACCAAUUCGAUGGUGAGCACUGGAAGUUCAUCGUUGAUGCGAUUUAGCACUGGAAGUGUAUCCAUGAAUGGAAGUACGCCUGCUGGCAGUCGUGGAACAAGCAUGGAAGAGUAUUCAUCCACUCCCGAUAGCACAAGUGAUGAAGGUGCUAUUACCAACAACAAAGCAAGUAGUGGAUUUUGGCCUUUCCGACGAAGCACAGAUACCCAUCGUCCAAGUUCAGAACAUCAAUCAAGUAGUCGCAAUAGUAGCAACAGCACUGAAUCACGAUCUUUGCCUCGUUCCAAUAUCGAUACAGGGGAGACCAAUAGUACUCAAUCAGCACCUCCAGCAGCACCUCCACCUCAUAUUCCACCACGUCCUCCUCCACGUCGAGAUUUACAACCCAACAAUGACGAAUUCAAGAAUGCUCUCACAAACCGCCUUCAAGCUCAUGUCGCUGGUCGACAAUCAUAA